GGCUCAAGCUCAAGCUGAUGUAAACAAGGCCGAGGGGGCUGGAGGCGUGCCAGAGCUAGGCGACGCAGUAACACUAAACCCUAUCGGAGGACAAGGAGGCGAAGGAGGGACACAUAUCUACACUGCAAGGCCAUGACAACACUUUCUCGACCCUCCAAGUGGUAAAAAGGCGAAGAACGAGUGCUCCAGCCUGUGAAAACCCCCCGUGUUGUGGUGGUGUUGGCGGGGACACAAGGGGACAUGGGAGGCCUGAAGGGAGACUCAUAAACGCUUAAUAAAGGUCUGAGGAGUGGCUAGAAGGGAGCUCAGACGUAUUUUUUGAGUGAGUCCUCGCCCCUCGCCGACAUGGAGGCCCUGGAUUUGUUUCGGCAGUGCAAGAAGGGGAACCUUGAGGAAGUGAGGUACUUGGUGGAGCAGCGAGACAUUGACGUCAACAUCCGUGAUAACUGGGACAGCACCCCCUUGUACUAUGCCUGCCUGUGUGGACACCUGCCAGUGGUGGAGUACCUCAUUGGGGUUGGUGCUCACUGCGAGGCCAACACCUUUGAUGGGGAGCGCUGCCUCUAUGGCGCCCUGACGGACAGCAUAAGAAAGAUCCUGAUGCAGCACAGCCUGGUGACGGCACACACCAUCAGGAGGGACGCCUACGAGGAGUUCCUCAGGAGGCUGUUUGAGAGUGGCAAGCACAGCGACGUGACUUUCGUGGUUCAGGGCGAGGACAUUCCCCUCCACCGCUGCCUCCUCUCGGCGCGCUCCGAGUACUUCCGCGACAUGUUCUCCUCCAGGUGGCAGGAAAGAACUACCAUCACCAUAAACAGGCAGCUGGUUCACCCCGAUGCCUUCCGAGCAGUGAUGAAGUACAUCUACACGGGCCGCUUCGAGUGCCCGGUGGAGCUGGUGGAGCGCUGCGUACGUAUCGGAACCAACUGUAAACUACCAGAUUUCAGGGCAAUGAUCGAGGACGCCCAGCGGAAGGUCCAGGGCUUGCACCAUGGCAAACAGGGGCUGGUGAGGGUGACGAGGGUGGUGGUGGAGCCGGGCAGUAGUGGGCAGCAGGGGUGGCAGGGUGUUGGGGCGGACCUUCGGGAGCUGGCCCAGUCCACCCUGCCCCGGGACCUCCGCUUGUGGCCCACCGAGAUGCCCUUCUGCCACACCCACGAACAGGCGCCCUUCACGGAUGUCUGUUUCGUCGUUAGUGGCCAUACGUUUCACUGCCAUAAGAUGUUCUUCUGUCCGCGCAGUGAGUACUUCGAGGCACUGCUGAGGGACCACUUCCAGGAGGCCACUUGGGAGGACACGCCUGAAGCCAGUCUGCCGGUGGUCACCCUCCACAACAUCUCCCCGGAGGUGUUUGCCACGCUGGUGCACUUCCUCUACUGCAACCAGACCAUUGUGAGCAUGGAGACGGUGGUGGAGGUGAUGGUGGUGGCCGACAUGUUCCUGGUGCCGGGGCUGAAGAGGCAGUGCGCCGUGUACCUCGGCACGCGCCUCCAGACACACACCGUUGUCCCCACCCUCAGACUAACGCGGCUCUUCCAGCUGCCGCGCCUCGAAGACCAGUGCAUCGCCUUCAUGGCCAAGAAUCUCGACCAGGUGGUGGAGUUGGAGGACUUCCGUGACCUGGUGGUGCAGGAUGCAGAGCUGGUGAGGGACAGGCAGGAGACGGACUCAGUGCAGGUGAUUGACGAGCUGCGGCACCACAUCUCCUGCGCAGUCCAAACGGUCUCGGGCAUCCAGGAGGCACACACCAAGCUGGCCACCCUCGACGACCUGCUGGACGACCUGGGCAUUGAGGCCUAAGGGGUGUGGUGGGUGCUGGGGGGAGGAGGGAAGGAGAGAGAGGGACAUGGGUAGUAAUGCUGGCUUUUGACAGGGAGAGCAAAGGGAAGAGGGAAGGAGAGAGAGGGACAGGGGGUUGGCAUACUAUCAGUUUGUGACAGAGAGCAAAGGAAGAAAGAGAGAGAGAGGGAGGGACAGAGGGUUGCAGUGCUAGUUUGUGAUAUGCAUUAAUAUAAGUAACUCUGUUGAUCCUCAAAUCACAGCACCAGCUAAUUGUGUCUGCAUAAGUGGGUACAAGAGAGAUGCUGUAUUUGCCGGCAUAGAGGAUGCAAUUUUCUCAAAAUACGACUUAAAAAGUUGAAUUUUGCUGAGUUAUGUUGCAUGACUUGUAGAUGUACGUAGGAAGUGUACAGAUCAGAUAAGAUGUUGUUAUUGUUGUUGUUGUUGCUGCUACUAUUGUUGUUGUUGAAAGGCUGUGACAGUGUAGCAGAUCCCACUCUGUGACGACGAGGAAACACCUGUGGCAACCAUUGUUAUUGUUGGUCUUGUCUUGCUGUGAAGGUCGCUGACAUCAGGGUCAUUACAUCGGCAUCCAGUAACACACACAAUGUAUUCCAACGGGUAGUAAGAUGUUUAACCACACACUCCCCCACCAAGACUUGAUCCUGGUCAUUGGCCGGGUGCUGCUGGUCAAAUGAAGACUUGCCAGUGGUAAAUAAGCCUCCAGAGCAAGCAGGUCACCUUCCACAUGGUGCUAUUGUCACAAUGUGGUAUACGUGUGUAUUGUAUGGUAUAUAAAUUACAAUAUAAUGUUGGUCCAGUAGUAUAUGGUAGACAUGCAAUACAAGUUAUGGAGCAGCCAGCAAAACAUCUUGGUAAAAUGGGUGUCUUUGGUGCCAGCAAAUAUGGUAUAUUGAGAUUCAAGAUACAGGCAAUGACUAGUUCAUUUAAGCAGUGGAUGAGAGGAGCAUAGUGAAGUCAUGUUGUUAGUUAAGUAAAUUAAUGUUCGACGAGAUAGGUGAAUACAGGUACUAUUAAUUAAGGCAGUUUAUUAGAAGAGCAGCAUAUAAUAUUUAUUGAUCCAAGGGUCACUGCCAUGUGGUAAUGUUAUGCAUUAUAAUGAUAUUAAGGGGAGUCACCAGUAGGCACUGACCUCCACCUGUGUAUUACUUCUUAUGCAACAAUAAAUACUAAAAAAUACAAUGGAGAAAGUUUGUAGCGAAUAGUGAUAAGAGAA